UUCGUAACUUACAAUUAUAAUGUUAUUUUUAUUCUUAACUUUUGUAUUUAAGCGUAAUAAUUUUAUUUUUUCAAGUUUGUAGAUUAAAUUAACUUUUAAUUUUUUUACAAUGAGUAUUCAAGUAUGUAGGGACGCUUCAGACGCUGUGGUUUUAUAUCUACCACAGCGUUUGUAUCUUAAAUCUUUCGCAAAGCUUAAUAUUUCUGUUCAGCUUCCUUCACACAAGGUUUACGGAAAAUCGAUAUCGAAUUGGGAGUUGAUGGAGAAAAUACGCAAAAUGAUCCAACCUGACGCGUUUUCCAUGUUGAAAGUGAUAAAGCAUAGUUCGGAAGUGAUAAGGUUCGACGCAGAGUUAGAAAGUUCCGAGAAGUUGGGCAGGGUGCUGUCUCGUCUGGACAAUCGCAUUAUCCAGUUGAAUGAUUACCCAGAACAGUUAAAAGUUAAAGUGUCUGAAGCAAAGUCUGAGUUUCCAAGUCGACAUGCUUGGGAUUCAUUCUUCCGAGACGCUACUGACAUGGACGAGAUGAAGCCAGGCGAGCGACCUGACACGGUACACAUUGCUAAUUUACCAAUCAGUUGGUUUAUCCAUGAAAAAGACAGUUACAGUGAUGGAGUUCCAUCUGAGAGUUUGUUUAAAAAAGUGUUUGAAAAAUUUGGUGCCUUAAGACAAGUUGAUGUUCCUGCCUCCGAUCCAUUUAGAAUGCAAAUGAAAGAAGCGAUGAGAGGUAUAACCAUACCUGCAAUGGAAUCAUCAGUAUACUUUGAAGGUUACUUACAGUUUAGUGAAUAUGUUGGCUUUGUACGUUGUAUGGAUGCAUUGAGAGGUCGGAAACUGUUACAUAAGAAGGAUGAUAUAUCUGAAUGGUGUAGCAUAAGGGUGGACUUCGAUAGAACUAAGCACAUGACUGAUGCAGCUGUAAAACGGAGAGCUAUAGUCAGAGAGAGACUCAUCGCUCGCCAAAGAGCUAAGGAAGAGGAAGAGAGAAUAGAGAAAGACAAGAUUGCCAAAAGGGAAGCAAAAGAAAGACAAAAACUUGAGAAGAAUGAAAGGGAAAAAAUGGAAAAGAUGCGGGAAAGAGAAGAGAGAAGAAAAAAGAAAAGGCUAGCUAAACUGAUAGAGAGGGACAAAGUAGAUGUUAACAAGAAGGUUGCAGAAGAGCAGAAGAAACUGCUGCAAGCACAGAAGAGAUUGCAAGCUAUAAGACUUAUUGAGGAAUUGUUCAAAAGAAUUGAGUUACGUCCAGAGUUGCAGCGCAGUGGCAUGCAUGAGAGAUACUAUGGUAGUGAGGAGCAGGUGACACGGUCCCGUGUUGUGGACAGAUUCAAACGGGUGCAGGAACAACAGUUGGAGAAACAGAGGGAACUGGUCAAGCAAGCACAGGAUGGUCGCAUAGUGAUACGUUCAGCAUUAGAAACGAAGAAACCGAGACAGGUCUCCCCUAUCAGCUCACUGUCCUCAGAAGAUGAGAGUACUAAAAAGAGAAUCAAGAAAGAGAAACUAUCCACUCCGGAUAGAGAGUUUGAAUAUAAACCACCAGUAGCCGGGAUGUACCCGUACGGCUUCCCGUAUGCGUACGCCUGCGCGCCGCCGCCCGGAUAUCCCUUCCCUCAAACAUCAAUGUAUUACCCUGUGAGGGGGUACAUGCCGCGGGGGAGGGGGCGCGGGCGCGGGCGGGGCGGGGCGCGGCCUCGUAUGCCAUACUUUGAUGGUCCAGAUGCCAGCCACCAGUAUUACCAAUAUUUCAAGAAAUUAACAGCACAAGAGGGCCGCAACAAUCAUUGCGAUCGCACGCACGUUCGUCGCUCGUACAGCCGCUCGCAUUCGCGCUCGCGGUCACGCUCGCGCACGCGUUCGCGACAUCGCUCGUACAGCCGCUCUCGAUCCAGAAGUAGACGAUCUAGAAGUAGAAGAUCGAGAAGUAGAAGAUCAAGAAGUAGAAGUAGACGCUCGAAUACCAGAAGGAGAUCCAAGUCCAGUCAUAGCCGAUCUAGGUCUCGUAAGCGAUCCAGAUCACGCAGUCGACGGACAAGGACCAAGUCUAGGACCAGAUCGAAGACCAGACCGUUGACCACGCCCAAACUAGACGAACAGACAGACGGACAAGGAGAUAAGCAGUUGAACACGCCAAAGCGGCGGUCUAAAAGCUGGUCUUUGCCUAAAGAGGGGGAACCUCACAGGUCCUGGUCUACAAGUCCAAAGAAUGGGGAGGGACGUAAGAGUUAGUGUUAUUAUAUUUAAUUUGAUUAUAAAUUUGAAGAAAUAAAGUAUGAAGAAGUGAACAAUUGCAAUUUUUAGUUUGAAAAUUAAUUAACAAUAAACUUUGUCGCCUUUCAAAAUGUUGAAUCUUCGGAUAUGCAGAAUAUCAACUCUAUAAACAAAUAUGUUAAGCUAUUAGUAUGUAAAAAAUUAAUUUGUGAGUAAUAUAAGUCUA